AUGGCGGAGCGUCAUGCGCCGCCGCUGGUGCCGGCGUGCCGCGACGGUUAUGCGGCUGUGCCUGUGCGUAGUGCACCGACCUUUGUGCAUGUGUCUGACACCAAUUCUCAUUCUUUGAAAAUGGCUAUUGAUGCUUUAUUUGUGCAACAUGGUUUAUCAUUAUCUAGAUUGAGAGGCCAAGGAUAUGAUGGAGCUUCAAAUAUGCGUGUGAUAGAAGUGUUAGGAAAUGUACAUGAUGACACCUCUUAUUCUGUGAAUAAAGGUGUUGCCACAGGAAUUACAAAUGAGCUAUCACUUUCCCUCCAACAAGGGGAUCAAAAUAUUGUUCAAGCCAUGUCCUUGGUUAGAAGUGUGAAAUGUCGACUACAAGACUUCAGGGAAAAUGGAUGGCAGAUAAGUUUGGAACAAGUUAACACAUUUUGUGAAUUGAAUAUGAUUCCAAUACUUGAUAUGGAGGACAACAUGCUAACUCGUGGUCAUGGUAGGCGUAGAGGGCAACUCAUCACCAAUUUUCAUCAUUAUCGUGUGGAGAUUUUUUGUCAGAAAUUGGUUGAGACUGAAAAACAUUUGGUGUUCCCAUUGGUUUAUCGUAUGAUAGAGUUGGCAUUAGUUUUACCAGUUGCAACUGCUUCGGUUGAACGAGUGUUUUCUGCAAUGAAGACUGUGAAGACUGAUUUACGUAAUAGAAUGGGAGAUGAAUGGAUGAAUGACAGUCUAAAUCCAAUUGCCUCCUCUUGUACCGACUCGUCAGUCAUCGCAGACUUCUGUGCCAACCCGGAAAUGAAGCUCACCUAUGGAAGAAAGCUCUCCCUCUCCUAUCUCUUCCCCGGUGCUCCCCGCACUUCCACGCCGCCGCCAUCAUCGCUGCUGCUUUCCGACCACCUUCCCCUGACCUUCUAA